UCAUCGUUCGAGACAGACACUCCUUCCGCGGCGCUUACGGACUGGCCAUGAAAGUGGCGACGGCGCCUCCAUCUGCGCUGCAGCAGAGCAAGAGAGGAGGAGACCCGUCCAGCGAGCUGGUGCGGCACUUCCUCAUCGAGUGCACGCCGAGGGGUGUCCGGCUCAAGGUAUGCCCUAAUGAACCCUACUUCGGCAGUCUGACGGCUCUGGUCUGUCAGCACUCCAUCACUCCUCUGGCUCUUCCAUGUAAACUCAUCAUUCCUGACAGAGAUCCUCUAGAGGACGCUGUUAGUGCAUCUUCACAGUCCAUCACCAAUUCUGCAGCUGAACUCUUGAAACAAGGAGCAGCCUGUAACGUGUGGUUUCUGGGUUCGGUGGAGAUGGAGUCUCUGACGGGGUAUCAGGCGGUGCAGAAGGCCACCAGUGAGAUCCUGAGUACAGACUCGCUCCCGUCCUCCACCGUAGUGCACUUCAAAGUCUCCUCGCAGGGAAUCACGCUCACCGACAACCAGAGAAGACUGUUCUUCAGAAGACACUAUGCAGUCAGCACAGUCAUAUUCUGUGCUCUGGACCCUCAGGACAGGAAGUGGAAACGAGACGGCUGCACCUCAGCAAAGAUCUUUGGAUUUGUGGCGCGGAAAGCGGGCAGCGGCAUGGAGAACGUGUGCCACCUGUUUGCUGAGCACGACCCCGAGCAGCCCGCCAGCGCCAUCAUCAAUUUUGUCUCCAAAGUCAUGAUUGGCUCACAGAAGAUGUGAUGUCAUGAAGAGGGC